CGAGGCGAGCGAUACGGUGAAAACGAAAGGACAGUCUUUUUUAAACAGUAAAAAAAGCUUGAUUUCGAAAUUGUCAUUCGGUGCUGCAAAAAAAAUCAGUGAAUUUUAUACCUCAAGAUGAGCUCUGAUAUUGUAGCCAUACCACCUUCAGUGUCAUGGGCACAGAGAAGUGCUCGUGUUUUUCUCACAUUUAACGUAGAAUGUGAAAAGCCGGAUAUAAAAAUUGAAAGUAAUUCGGUCACAUUCAAGGGAGUUUGUGCGCCGGAUAAAAAGUUACACGAAGUGCAUAUACCUCUAUAUGCCGAAAUAGAUCCCGUGAAAAGUACACAGGUUAAUAAAGGUAGGUAUAUAGAGGUGGUGCUAGCUAAGGUAAAAACUGGCGAAGGGUUCUGGCCGACGCUUACUAGCGACAAGAAGAAACAUCAUUGGCUGAAAGUUGACUUUAACCGCUGGCAGGAUGAAGAUGAUGAAGGUGACAGGUUUGAAGGGAUCGAUGAGUUUGAAGACAUGAGUGACAUGUUCUCCAGCAAGAUGGGUGAUUUUGGCGACGAAAACGAAAAGGAUGACACUAGUUCUGCAGAAGAUGAAGACCUUCCAGAUGUGGAGUAGACAAUCUCAAAAACUUUUGCCAAAAACUGUCUAGUACUUAGUAUAGACAUAAUUAUGAACAAUUUUUGUGCUUUUAUACAAGGAAUAGUGUGGUAGCAUAAAACUACUCUUUAAUUUGAAUGCUACUUCUAUAAUUAAUAUUUUCAAGUCUGUAUUUGCUGAUUUUAAUACUUGUAUCCUCUGAUAGAUUAGAAAUCUAGUUAUAUUGGGUGCAUCUAUAAUGAUUUUAAUUUUACAAUUCCUUGUCUGAAACUAUAUUUAAUUAAUGGUGUAUCUUUAGUUUAUCAUUAUUGUGGUUCUUGUGAACGCAAGCUUGAAUUGUAAAUUAUGUUUAGUUAUUCAUUCCAGUAAUAUAGGAGUUUCACACAGAGUGGGAUCAUUACGACUUGUUGAAUAAACUCCCAUCACAUACAGCUGUUGUAUGUCUACAUUCAGAUACAGCCGUGUGCGAUGGAUGAUGCAAUGACCCCACAAAAGCCAAUAAAGUCCUAAAGACGAGUUGCAUGUUGCUGUGACAUGCCAUCAUGUGAUUACCACUGUAGGUAUCAACAUGGCUUAAUGUAUAAUUUUUUAUAAUUUUUGUAUAACAAUUUUAAAUACAUUCCAAAAUACAAUAGUAAUUCAGGAUUGAGUUUUCAAAAAGUAGUCAGGAACUAGUUUUUGAAAAGAAUUUUGAUAGACACUGUCUAAGGGCAUCUGCUGCCCAAAGUGGGUGUUAUCUGUGACAAGUCCUCAAUCUGUGAUGCGCAUUGAUGCAUGCUGUUUUACAGGAUUGAACAAACCUUGGAACACAUGUUUUUCAUAUACAGUUGUGCUCCAAAUUAUUCCGAAGGAGAGUUUCAAAUUGGUUUCGCCAAAAAGUAUGAUCAUCUUAUCAUACUUUUUUAUCAUUUUUUUUUUCAGUAAAGUAAUGUGUAUUACUGCUGUUGAUCUGCGUGAUUUAUUAAAUUGAAUAAACAUUUGUAACUCUUGUUACUUGCUAUUAAUUAGUUAAUUUGCAAGUAUUUAUCUGGAUUUCUGUAUAUCAGGAUUAUUUUGUUUUGCAACUGUUUUACUACUAUACAAGGUUGUACAGUGUUGGCUGUAAAC